ACGACUGCCUGCCCGCCUGCUGCCGUUCUGCCUUGCGUGCGUGUGCGUAUGCCGUGUGACGUUUUGUCAGUGUGUGUGCGCUACCGAGUGUGUUCCUCGCGCCUGUCUAACCUACUUCGCCGAGUCACACAUUCUAAUUGAACAAAUUUUAAAUAUAAAGUAUUCAACCACACGACAGUGUAUAAUAAUAUAUUUUGCACGGUAACUCAGUUUCCCCGUAUCGUUCUUUCCCUAGCUGUACUCCUCGUUCUCACCCGAAAUGACCACCAACGGUGAGGAGACCACUUCGGAUCGCAACGUAGAGAUAUGGAAGAUCAAGAAGCUCAUCAAGAGCCUAGAGAUGGCCAGAGGUAAUGGAACAAGUAUGAUAUCGUUAAUCAUACCACCUAAGGAUCAGAUUUCCAGAGUGAGUAAAAUGUUGGCUGAUGAAUAUGGUACUGCAUCAAACAUCAAGUCACGUGUAAACAGAUUAUCAGUAUUGGGUGCUAUUACAUCAGUACAGCAAAGAUUAAAGCUUUACACUAAAGUUCCACCUAAUGGAUUAGUAGUUUAUUGUGGUACCAUUGUGACUGAGGAAGGCAAAGAAAAAAAAGUCAAUAUUGAUUUUGAGCCAUUCAAACCAAUUAAUACUUCUUUAUACCUUUGUGAUAAUAAGUUUCAUACAGAAGCACUCACAGCAUUAUUAGCAGAUGAUAAUAAAUUUGGUUUCAUUGUGAUGGAUGGUAAUGGUGCAUUAUUUGGUACUUUACAAGGAAACACCAGAGAGGUUCUUCAUAAAUUUACUGUUGACUUACCGAAAAAGCACGGCAGAGGAGGUCAAUCUGCUUUACGUUUUGCCCGUUUACGUAUGGAAAAACGACACAAUUACGUACGUAAAGUAGCAGAGGUAGCUACUCAGCUGUUUAUUACAAAUGACAAACCUAAUAUAGCUGGAUUAAUAUUGGCUGGUAGUGCAGACUUUAAAACAGAGCUUAGUCAAUCUGAUAUGUUUGAUCCUCGAUUACAAGCUAAAAUUAUUAAAUUAGUUGAUGUAUCUUAUGGAGGUGAAAAUGGUUUUAAUCAAGCGAUUGAAUUAGCUGCUGAAUCAUUACAAAAUGUUAAAUUUAUCCAAGAAAAAAAAUUAAUAGGACGUUAUUUUGAUGAAAUCAGUCAAGAUACUGGAAAAUACUGUUUUGGAGUUGAAGAUACGUUAAAAGCUCUAGAACUUGGAUCUGUUGAAACAUUAAUAUGUUGGGAGAAUCUAGACAUUCAGAGAUAUGUCCUAAAGAACCACACAACAGCUGAAGAAAAAAUAUUACAUUUGACCCCAGAACAAGAAAAAGAUAAAUCACAUUUCACAGAGAAAGAUACCGGAGUUGAAUUGGAAUUAGUUGAGUGUCAGCCACUUUUGGAAUGGUUAGCAAACAAUUAUAAAAUUUUCGGAGCUACCUUAGAAAUAAUCACAGAUAAAUCACAAGAAGGAUCACAAUUUGUUAGAGGAUUUGGUGGCAUAGGAGGAUUAUUACGUUAUAAAGUUGAUUUCCAAAGUAUGCAGUGUGAUGAUCUGGAUCCGAAUGAACUUUAUGACAUUGAUGAUUAUUAGGAUGUUCAAUAUUUAAAAGUAUACCCAUUGAAUAUUUAGGGCAACUUAAAAUAAGUACAGUUCAUUUUAGCUUAAGCAUGUUGAAAAAAGAAGAAUUCUAUUAUUAUUUUAAACAUAAUUAUUUCCUUUACUUUAUGUUAUCUUUUUAUUCAAAAGUAAAAACAAAUAAUCAUAAUUCCAUUAAAUUUAAAAAUAUAUAUUUAUAUUUUUUAACAUUUCAAUAUUGUGUUUCCCUUUAUUAUUUUUUUAAUACUCCAAUAAUAAAAUGCAAAAAAGUAUAUUACAGUGUGUAAUACAGGGUGAUGCAUGAGUAUUAACGCAAGUUAUUCUUAUUAUGAUUAUAAUUUUGUUUUGGAUUACUUGGGUUAUGAUAUUAAUAAUUAUAAAAUAUUUUUUUUUUUUUUUAAAGACUUAAUUUAAGUUCAACGGACUUCAAGAAUCCUUUUAUUAAAUUAAUUUAUAUUCUUAUAUAAAUUAAAUUCUCAAUGUUCUAUUCA